UGGAUAAAAUUGUGUCAUUUACGCAAACUGGCGAAACCUCGAACAGAAUGUGCAAACGGAGGAAAAUGAACAACGGUUCUCAAUCUCCAUCAAGGGAGAAUGUAUCCCCACACGGAGACCAAAGCGAGGAGACUUCGUGCACCCCUGAGCGGAGACCGCGGGCGGAGAGGGUUAGAAAGCAAAACAUCAUUUCUAAACUGUCAGACUCUGGUUUCGAAGAGGACUUUCUAUCUCCGACCCGGACCCCAUCGCCGGUUCGGAGAAAUCGGUGUCCGGUAACAGUUGAAGACGCACUGACACCAGGGAAUUCCAACAACAGACUGUUGUUUAAUUGGUAUCAACACUACGGCGAGAUUGGUUAUCAGAUACAGAAACUCAAAGAGCCGCAGUUUCAUCCAGUCAACUGUUUGUCUCGACAACCGCAGGUGACAGCCGAGUCACGGUGUAAGCUCGUCAGCUGGCUCAUCCCCGUACACAGAUACCUGCGUCUGUCCUUUGAGUGUUACAGCCUGACGGUCAACAUCAUGGAUCGCUUCCUGGUUUCCACCCCUGUGGCUGCUGACUGCUUCCAGCUACUGGGGGUCACCGCCCUGCUGCUCGCCUGUAAACAGGUGGAGGUGUUUUCUCCUCGAAUCAGCCAGCUCCUGUCUCUGUGUUGUGAUGCGUUCUCCAGAGAACAGCUGUGUAACCUGGAAUGUCUCAUCCUGCUCCGCCUCAACUUCCGCCUGGCUGCACCAACCAUAGCCUUCUUCCUGGACUUCUACACCAAUCACAGCCUGGCUGGCCGGCAUACGGGCGGGGACGGAGUCAGCAACGUUAGCCAUAGGCUGCCUGAGGAUAAGGAUGAGGAAGUGAAGAGGAGAAAGAGGGUCAGCAGAUUGGCUCAUAGGGUGUGUGAGCUCACUCUGGCCGACUACGCCUUCAAUAAGUACACACCUUCCCUGACCGCCCGCUGUGCUCUGGCUCUGGCCAAUCAACUGCUGAGAAACAGCCAGGGCCUAGAGGAGCCAGCCAAUCAGCUGCUGAGGAUCAACCCUGAGGGCCCCGAGGAAGAGCCAAUGGACCAAUCCCUGACAGCCGAGCUCACAUAUGGCCACGCCUCCUCGCAAGAGGACCAUUCUCUGAGUGAUCCUGCCCACUCAGAGAAUGACCAUUCCCACCCAACCUUAUCUGAGACUAUUAAUCACGCCUGUAUUGACAAUGACUCCUCUCUUUCAGUUGUUGGUCACCUCCUAUCUGUGAAUGACUCCACCCAGUCAACGGAUGACCCUUCUCCAUCUGGGAACACGUCUACCCUGGUUGAGGGAGACCAGACUCAUGCUCCUCUGGCCCAGGAUUGUAGAGAGGGAGACCAGAGUCAUACUCCUCUGACCCAGGAGUGUAGAAAGGGAGACCCGACUCAUGCUCCUCUGACCCAUGAGUGUAGAGAGGGAGACCAGACUCAUGCUCUCUCCCAAGAGUGUUUAGACAACCUAAGAUUGUUGGUGUCACUCAACAAGGAUACACUGCAUGCCAUGAUAACUCUGUGACAACACGGUGACACUGUUGGCAUGUUUCAACCCUAUGUUAGUUGAAUGCACUGUUGUUGUUGAUGUAUAUGUGACUGAAAACAACCCGUGUACCUCAAGAAAUGAAAGACCAAACCUUUGAUUUCCAGUCAAAAGUGCUGCUACCCCCUGCACUUGUGGGGUUGGUGGUUGACAAUCUAACUGUCACUGAGUUUUUUUUUUUCAAUUAUUUAAUUUCUGGAAAUGACAGUUAUCAGAUUGUGCCUAUAAACUGUGAACAAUGCCAGUGGACGGCAUUGUAUUGUCAUCAGAGUACUGUUUACUAUACUGUACUGUAUGUAGAGGAUGUUUUGGUCUUUAUUUAUACUUGUACCAUGUUCUGUAACUUAUUGAAGUCAUUGUACUGUAAGAUGCAUUGAGUGAGUAACCUACUGUAGCUGUUUCUCCAACUGUCCUGAGAUUGUACUGAUCCUGGCUGUUCUGUUGGCCAAUGUUACACGAGCCUUUAUUGGUAUGCAAUGAACAAUGAUGUGACAUCCCAUUUCAAAAAAUGUGAUUUUUUUUUUUGAUUAAAAAAAAAAACGUAUUAAAUUAUUACUUGAUAAAUGUACUGGAUAUGUUUUCUGAUUUGUUCACUCCGUUUUUGAAAAUAAACUGUAUAAUAAA